AUGCUCCGGUUGCCAGAAAGGAAAAACGCUGAGCUUUUGCAACCGACCCUCUCGGGCUGGCACGCCGAGUUCUGCUCGGGGGGAGCCCCGGUGCUUUCUUGGCGAGCUUGCUCCUGCCCACGGGGCGCGGGAGGGUCGGUCCCAUCGGGGCGCUUGGUGGGGAUCCUCGGCUCGGAAGGGGGGGCUGGCACAGGGUUGCCCCCGGCUCGCUGCCCCAAGCCGGCCGAGGGGCGGUUCCUGCAGGGCCUGCUUGGCCGCUUCGGGGCCUCUCCCGGCGAGGCGAAAACGGCGGCCCGGGGGCUGGAGACGCUGCGGCGCGUCUGCGACGACAUCCUGAACAAGCACCAGCUGGUCUUCCAAGGAAUACUGAGGAAGAUGGAGAUUGAGAAAGCAGAUGACUUGAAGAUUGUGUCAGAAGUUGCCAUGCAAGUUUUCAGUGAUGGCGUAACAAACUGGGGGCGAAUUGUGACUCUCAUUUCUUUUGGUGCCUUUGUUGCCAAACACCUGAAGAGCAUAAAUCAGGACAGCGGCAUCAGCACUUUGGCAGAGAUUAUCACAGAUGUGUUGGUGACUGACAAAAGAGAAUGGCUGCUGCAUCAUAACGCCUGGGAGGGCUUUGUUAAAUUCUUCCAUGUAGAGGACCUUGAAGGCAGCAUCAGAAACAUUCUGGUGGCUUUUGCAAGCGUGGCUGGCAUAGGAGCAAGCUUGGCUUACUUGAUCCGGUGAGCCAGAGAGUGCUCUCCAAGCGUGCUGUGAGUAGAAAACUGACCUAUUCUCCCCUCUGGAUGGGAGGCAGGACCACCUGGACAUCCCCGGAAGGACUGAAAUGAACUGUCCGUGAUAGAAGGUAACCCAGCGAGGAUGUCUUACAAAUGGGAGUAGGUUUUCCAAGUGAAGAAACAUGCACUCUGCUUCCACAAGAAGCGACACGCUACGAAGCUAAGAGGACUGAAGCCCUGUGCAGUAUGUGGUCUUGGUCCUGGACUGAGGUGUGGCGGCGUUGGGCCGGGGAUAAAGACUGUCAGAUGCACUGGGUAGUUUGCACAGGGUGAUGAUCGUGCCUGAACUACCAUCUGAAGAGUAGCGUUAGGUCUGAAGUACAAGAUGUUUGGUCCGGUGUCCUCAUAAAGACUUCCAGGGGAUCUCUGGGAAUGCCUUUAAGUGUUGGUGGGUGCACUGUCCACCGCUGAGAGGAAAGGCCUGGCAUCCUUCAGACUCUCACCAACUCAUUGUACUCUCUCUGAAGGGCUGACCGUGUUCUUUUUUCGUUUUUCUUUCUACUGCCCUCCCUUUGAAAGCGUUACACUGCCAUUAGCCCCCUGGAUGACAUAAAGCUGCUCCGUGCAAAUAUGUAUGAAACUUCAUGGGGAAGUCAUUUGGAACUGAUGUAAAUACCUGUUUGAAACUGUACAAUCUGUACACUCUUAAAGAGCUUUAUCUUUGGGAAAAGUUGCAAAAGAGUUUUUAAUAUGAUUCGAUUUGGAUUUCGUGACUCUUUAUUCUUCCCCCACCCACCACUCACCUGCAUAUACUGGGCAUUUCAGAAAACCUUUACAUCCAAGUUAACAAGGUUAUGGCUUAGUGGAGAAAUGUGACUAUAGUUACCAGCAGGGUAUUUUGAAAACCCCUUUUUUGAAAUCUUUCCCUGUCCUCUUUUGGGAAGAAAGGAGCCUUUUGACAUUUGGGGUUUUUUCAAUCACCCUGUUUUAUUUUGACUCUCAGUUUCUUUAAAUCAUUUUAUUUUAAGAGCUAAACUUGCACAUGAAUGUCAUUUGUCUGUAAGAUUAAAAUAACUUCAGUAAAUUAGCAGUGCAAGAGAUACUGUGGUACACAGAUAAAUUCUCAUUUGUGGGCAGGCCUUCUGGGUGCCUUCCAGAUGUUUUGGCCUAGACAUAUCUGGAGGGUACCAGAUUGCCUUUCCCUGAUCUAAAUCCUUGAGGGUGAAACAGUUCAUAAGCUGAAUUUCCUUGAUUUUUUUUUUUUAUUCUGGAGAAUGGCUUCAGUUAAUAGGAGCAAGAGUUUUAAUUUGCAGUCUAGAAUUGCUUUUAGUCUUCACUGUGCCAUCAGUCUAAACCAGAUUAUGGCAGAAGUAAAAAUCCUGGCAUGGUGCUAAGGCAGACCUGCUUGUUUAUGUAAACUGUCUAAUAAAACCAUUCAUUGAUUUUUGCAAUGUGAGGGCCUUCUAUUGAGUCAGAAACCUGAAAUGUGUAUUUUCAUCUUAUAUCUGUGACUAAAUGAUUGUCCCUUGUUCUUUUUUUUUUUUCCUUUAACUUGUUGCCAUGCAAUUCAUAGGUAGAUGUGGCUAGAAACCCUGGGCUGGCUGGCUUUUUUCUGUGAAGAUGUAGAGGCAGGGUGCCUUGUAGAAAGCCACAGACCACUCCCCGUGACCAAAAUCUUCCCCCUUAAAGGUAGAACUAGUUAGCUUCACAAAUGAGACUAAGCUCUG